AUGAUGAAUUUGGACGUUGGCUUUCGUGGUGGUACUGAAAGUGUCUGCGCAUUUGCCAAGAUACCAUGCUUGCCACACAUGUGGAAUCAAUCUGCGAUUGAACCCAAGUCCAUCUUCAUUGUCGAAUCGCAUGGUGAUGGCGAUAUCGCCGUUGGGGCCAACAGAAAUGUGAACUUCUUUGACGUCGGAGGAUUGCAGAGAUACUCGGCCAUCCUCACGGCCAUCAUGACCAAAUACGGUCCUUACCUGGAAGCUGCUGCGAUCGAGACCUUUUUCUAUGGGACCGAGCGCAAUCGGUCGGAGAACCUCUCAAGCUAUGUGGCUGCACGCGCUGCAGGAGAUGGAGGAUAUGAUCCUCGCCAAUUGCUGCUCUUGUGCGCCGAGCUCUAUGGCUUGGUGAGCGGACCAUCAUGUUGGCGGCGCAGUUUGCUCAAGUUGGCCACGGAAGAUUUGGGCUUUGAGGUGAACCCCUACGACAAGUGCGUGCUCACUUUGCCCUCUGCCGAUCCUAGCAAGAAGCUCACGGAAGGCUUCCUCGUCAUUGAAGCCGACGACAUUGCUGAAGCUGGAUCUGCGAGGCACUUUGAACUGAUGACCAAGAUGGAAAGCAUGCUCACGUUCGGAAAGGUGGACAACCUCCAAAGCAGCACUGCGUCGAACUAUGCUGGACGACGACUCCGGCAAAGGACGAGAGGCUCCAGUGUCGCUUAUGCAGUGGCGCUCCAAGCGAUUGAGGAGAAAAGCCGCUUCCAGCUUGCUCUGCAAGAGCGAGCUGCAACAGCCGCCCUUGAGGAUGCCUUCAUGGAGAGCAUCCGCAUGUCGCACUUCAAGCCAAGACGGGUCAACCCCAACUCCGUGGUGAUUGUGGACGCCAAGUCCUUGUUCGAUGCCCUCUGCUCGGACCAGUGCUACGGAGAUGAUGAGCGUUCAGCCUUGGAGAUCGCAAUUGUCAAGGAGAGUUUGUCGAUUGUGGGGGGGCGACUGAGAUGGAUCCCGCACAAUUUGAAUGUAGGUGACGCCCUGGCCAAAUUGGAGGGAGAGCGCGCUGGUCCACUCAUCCAGCUCCAAAAGACCUCAUCCAUGAGGAUUGAGCAGGAAGCUGAAGUGUUGCAGCGGGGCAAGCAAAGCGAGCGCCGCAUGAAGACCAGCUUUGGUGGACUAGAGUUUUGGGGGUUGAGUUGA